UUGCACUCAUCGACCAAGGCCGCCAACACAGCGCCUAGCUUUAACUAGACACCCUCUUAGCGGCUAUCUGAGUUCUAGCCAUAGUGUCUGGACACUGGGUUUUGGGCCAGCGUAGGAGUGGUCCAUAUAUAUCAACGGAGCCAGAAGAAAUUCCGCUUAGGUCACUUGCACCCUCGACCUUGAGUGGCCCGUCUCUUCAGGCAUUUGCAAUGAAAUUCAGUUCGGCAUUAAAGUUCAAUGCUGUUGCAGAUUGGUGGGAGGAAUAUAUCGCCUAUGAUGUGCUCAAACGAUACAUUUAUCAGCUGGAGAAGCGGCAGCAACGUGCGGGUGGUAUAGAAUCGUCCUAUCAUGACUUGGAGGCCAAUGAACAAACAUCCCUUGUCGACCACAGUGACGCGUCUGGCGCGGACAUUCUCUUUAAGCCACUACUCGACAGAGAACUGCAGAAGAUUGUGAGGUUUUACGAAGCGCAAGAGAAGGAGUUGCUGGGUGAACUCGCGGCGCUGGAGCAAUCUAUUACGCAGCAAGACGAGGCAGGGCUUGAGGCAGGACUCAAUUAUAUGGAUGAAGAUGAAGAAGACGAAGAAGAAGAUGAGGAAGAUGAAUACAACAUGUCAACUCGAUCUGAAGACUACGAUAAAGGGUCCCGCCGCAGGCGCCGCAAAUCGAGCUCCGUCGGAUACAGAACGCGUGUUGCAGCAGGUUCUAUUCGAGAGGAGCCUUCGAAUCGCCGCUUUAGCGUCUCUUCUAGCGAAGCGGGGGAUCUAGAUGCAAGUGUCUUAUCCCUUGUCCCGCGCCCACGAUCGGCCUCGCAGGUUGCAUCUGGUUCGCGUGGUGCAAGCGCCAGUAUGUCUCCGAUGGGGAGAGCUCGUAGCUUGGCUAGCCGACUGAGAACUAUGAAGGAUAACAUAACCACCGCUGGAGACACCAUCUGGACCGCAAAGGGCAGCUAUGCCUUGGAUACCCGGUUACUCUUUAAGCGAAAAAUUACUAACCUUUACAUCUCUUUAUGCUCGCUGAGGUCUUAUGUGGAGGUCAAUUACUCUGGCUUUCGCAAGAUUCUAAAAAAGUAUGACAAGGUCGUGUAUAGCGAACUUAAAGACCGUUAUAUGCACGAGGUUGUGGAGACCUCCGCACCAUUUACAGAAGAGUCGAAAGCCAGAAUGUCGGAUGCCAUCGCCCGACUCACUGAUCUCUAUGCCAAAUGUGUGACAAAUGGAGACAAGUCAGCAGCACAACAGGAGCUGAAGCUAUACCAGCGCGAAAACAUUGCUUGGGAGCGGAAUACAGUCUGGCGUCAAAUGAUCGGGCAGCAGCGACACGGCACGAUCAACGGAUUAGGUGCUCUCAUGGGCGCUACGCUGGUACAACAGGAAGAAAGUAGCCUGAUCGAUGUCCCGACCCCUCUCGGAAGUCUGAAGUUAACAAAGAAGGGGGUAUCGCUCACUGUCGCUCUAGUUGUUUUCAUCACUUUAUUGAAUAUGGACAUCGUUGCUGGUGAAGAGGCCAAUAAAUGCUUUGCCGUACUUGUAUUCAGCACCAUAUUGUGGGCGACAGAGGCAAUACCCUUGUUCGUGACAUCAAUUUGCGUCCCCCUUCUGUUAGUAUGCUUACGGGUCAUACGUGAUGACAAUAACACUGCCUUGUCUACGCCUGAUGCAACGAAAUAUGUAUUCUCCGUUAUGUUCUCGCCCACGAUCAUGCUUCUGAUCGGAGGAUUCACAAUUUCUUCGGCUCUGAGCAAAACCAACAUCGAUCGGAUUUUAAUCACGAGAGUCCUGAGCUUCGCAGGUACAAGGCCCAGUUCCGUGCUUCUUGCCUUCAUGGGUGUGUCUUGUUUUGCGAGUAUGUGGAUCAGUAAUGUUGCAGCUCCAACACUGUGCUUCACUCUCAUCCGACCGAUCUUGAGAACGCUGCCCCCUGGUUCAGCUUUUGCGCCAGCGCUAAUACUCGCCAUUGCCUUGGCUGCUAACAUAGGUGGUCAGAGCUCCCCGAUAUCAUCUCCACAGAAUCUCAUCGCCCUCGCGGCAAUGGAUCCCAAACUCGAUUGGGCGAGUUGGUUUGCUGUGGCACUUCCGGUGUCUAUAAUCUCCAUUCUGCUUAUCUGGUUGCUAUUGCUUGUGAUGUACCGCCCUGCUCGUUCGCCUGACGGGGAAGGAGAGAUCGAGAUACGAACUAUCCGUCCAACAAGGGAAUCCUUCACUCUCAAGCAGUAUUGGGUUACGUUCGUCUGCUUAUUCACGAUUACUCUCUGGUGUUUUGAGCACGAAAUCGAGGGCCUUGUCGGAGACAUGGGUAUCAUUGCUAUCGUUCCGAUCAUCGCCUUUUUUGCCACCGGUGUGCUGAAAAAGGACGACUUUGAACAAUUCGCUUGGACAAUUGUUUUCCUCGCAAUGGGCGGAAUCGCUCUUGGCAAGGGUGUUACUUCUAGUGGCUUGAUGGUGACUAUGGAUGGGAUGAUUCAUCGCCUGCUCGAGGGUCUCUCCUUGUACACUGUCGUUCUUGUCCUCUCCCCAGUCGUUCUAAUCGUAUCGACAUUUAUCAGUCAUACAAUUGCAAGUGUGCUGCUGGUUCCCAUUGCGAAAGAGGUUGGACAAAGCCUACCCGGCAAACAUGCAAAUCUGCUCAUUUUUAUGACUGGUCUUCUCUGCUCUGUUGGAAUGGGCAUGCCUGUCUCUGGGUUUCCUAAUCAAACUGCCGCGGCUCAAGAGGAUGAGCUCGGACGUCUUUAUCUCUCUAAUAUGGACUUCCUGAAGAACGGCGUGCCCGCUAGUAUUAUCGCCACCCUCGUCGUUGCUACCGUUGGGUUCGUUCUCAUGAUAGCCAUAGGACUCUGAUUAAUCCUUGGAGGACCAUCACCACGCACAUGCACGAAGUUCGGGCAAUAAACUGGAGUUCCCAAUUGGGAGAUACCCUGCAUGUAUCAUACCUUGCUAUAUAAUUUACAGCUACAGAACACUGAUAAAAUUUUCAAUGACAUGUCUCGUGGACUUCACUCCAACAUUCUGACGAACAAUACCGCAUAUCAGGCGAAUGACAAGAGGCGCAGUCCGGUGCAGAGGGCGAGGAUAUUUCUGAGACAUACCGUUAACACAACAAACCACCUUCUCAAGGUACGACUGAAAGAAUUGUGCAGAUGGUAUAGUUC